UCAACUAUUUGACUAUCUGUCUGUUGCGUUCUCUGCGCCCGGCGCAUUUUAGAACUAAGCCAAUGCAGAUCCCCCAGCCCACACAAGUUCCUAUCCAAACCUGAAACCCCUCUAGAAAAUACCCUAUUCUAGGCUUCGUCUGCCCAACCCCACCCACUACUCAAGAAAAUAACCCAUUUAAGGCUUCCUCCACCACCCAAACACCUAUGGAUCCCACAGACAAAAGGCACAAAGACACAACCAGCACCACCAAGCUCCACCACCACCCCAGCCACCCUCUGCCGGAUCCCACCACCAAUCCCCCUUCUUCUAUCCAAAGCAUAUCCAGUCAGUUUUCCAAGCUUUACGCAAAUCACAAAAAACUGGCUUCCUUAAAAACCUCUAGUGGGCAUUCAAUAUCUCACUCACAUUCACACCCCCAAGUUGACACAAAUUCCCAAGCCAAAUCUAUGGAUGUUUCCUCUGUUUUGGACAUCUCAUGUGCCACUUUGACCAAGUCAAACAGCCAGCACCAAAGAAAUAAUUUAGCAGUGGCUCAGAUUAAGAAGAAAGGGCUGGGCACAAGAACCAAGAUUAAAGAGAAGAACGAUACAAAUGAAAUCAAGAAAUCAUCGUCCAAGAAAUCUUAUGAAGAAUAUGAUGUGAAAAAGGCAGCUAAUUUGAUGUCAAGAAGUGCUGAAAGUGAUCUAAUUAAGAAGUUGCAACAAGGGUUUGAACUUCCAAAGCAGUCUAUCACAAUGAAUGGAGGGAGAAGGUCAUUUUGUAGUUCACAGGCUGAAUUGGCUGAUUUCUUCUCUUGCAGUGGUGUGAAAGUUGUGUCUGUUGAUAUGCCACCAUUUAUGCAGAUUCAUGCCGUGAAUUCUGCAAGAAAGACUCAUGAUAGCUUGGAAAAAUUCAAUUCCAAGACCCUUGCUUUGACACUAAAAAAGGAGUUUGAUGGGGUAUAUGGACCAGCUUGGCACUGUAUAGUAGGGACCAGUUUUGGGUCUUUUGUAACACAUUCAGUGGGUGGGUUUAUGUACUUCUCUAUGGAUAACAAGCUACAUGUCCUCUUGUUCAAGACAACUGUACACAAAGCACAUUGAAAUAUUAAACAAGGAGGCAAACGGGCGCAUUUUCUCUUCUCCAGCCACGGCCAAUUUUGCCCCCUCCACGAGCCGCCGUCUUCUACGUCACAAUCCGACCACCACCUAGACCACCACAUCCCAACAUCACUUGAACCCAUUUUCGCACAAGCCACAAAUUGCACUGUAGGCCUUCGCGACGGCGAACAUUUGGAUUUGCACUUUAGAAAUUCAGAUUGUUGAAUUGUUGUUUGUGGUAAAUUGGGGCCAUGGUUUGGGUCAGUUUAUGGUGGGCAAUCGACCGGUGGUGGUGUGCGACCUUGGGUGUCGCCGGAGAUGGAGAUUCCAACAAAGGCAGUUUGCGUGUUUCGACAGUUUUUGAGGAUGACUUUUGAUUGAUUUUGGUAUAUGUUUGGGUUGUUGUUUGUGUGGUAAUUAAAGAAGGGAUUGAGGGCUUCGCAAUGGUACGUAAAUUCGGUGGUUUUGGAGGAGGUUGGUUGGAGUUUAGAGGGAUGGAAAGUGGCAGUUUUGGAGGUUUUGGGGAAAUGUUUUGGCAGAAGAAAGUUGGGGAAAUGUUUUGGUAGAGUUUGGCUUCAAAACUGCAUUUCCCGUGUUUUGGAUUUUUGGCGCGUUUUCUAUUGAAAAUAGCUAAAACAACAUUUUUGCCAUUUACUGUUUUCUUCACAUAUUUUUUUCUAUUUUCAAUCGUUUUCGAAAACGGGAAAGAGAACGCGUUUUCACCGUUUUGAAAAAUCGAAAUCAGAAAACGGUCGAAAACGGGCAAAGAGAAGAGCCCCUAAUUUUAUGGAAAAUGCCAUUUAGGGGGAUUUGGAUCGUACAAGUAAUGAUACACAAGGGCUAAUUCCCUCAGCUACCUAUAAAUUUCUACGAGUAUUUACAUUUGAGUGCUGCAGUAUCCAAAGAUUGGGAAUCCAUGCCAUGGUUCCUAAGGCCUCAGGAUGACCUUUGCAAGCUAUGUUUGUUUGGGAGAUAUUAUUUAAAUUUUGAAGUGAAAAAUGAUUUAUUAUUUUUAUUUUUUUGUUUGGAGAAUGAGGGAUUAGAAAGUAGGAAAAACUAUGGGUUUACAUGAGAGAUUAUUUU